GAUGGAGCGGCCGUGGGUGCCCCUCGCCCUGCUGGGGCUGGGGCUUGGUCUGUGCUGGGCGGCGGUGCCCCAGCCUGGACACCACCUCGUCUACUGGAACAGCUCCAAUCCCCGGCUGCAGUGGAGUGACUACACCGUGGUGGUUCGCAUCAACGAGUACCUGGACAUCAUCUGCCCGCACUACGAGGAGGGGAGCGUGGACCCCCGGCUCAUGGAGCGCUACACCCUCUACCUGGUGGAGCUGGAGGAGUACCAGGCCUGCAAGCCACGCUCCAAGGACCAGAUCCGUUGGGAGUGCAACAAGCCCAGCGCCCUGCACGGCCCCGAGAAGUUCUCGGAGAAGUUCCAGCGCUUCACCCCCUUCACCCUGGGCAAGGAGUUCGAGGAGGGGCGCAGCUACUACUACAUCUCCAAGCCCAUUCACCACCACGGGGAAGCGUGCCUGAAGCUGAAGGUGACAGUGGCUGGCAAAGGCACUCAGGCACCCCCUGUCCCUGCCUCUACCCAGAAGGGCAAGAUCCAGGCAGACGAUGCAGCUGCACACGUGCUGAGGAGCGUGGGGCAGAACUCGGCGAUGCGAGGCAGCAGCCCCUUCACCUUCAUCAGCCUCCUCCUGCCCCUCCUGGUGCCACAGGGGCUGUGAGCUGCCCCACCGUGCCCAGAUGGACCAAGGCUGCAGCCGCUGGGGAUGGUCAGGACCUCCGUGGUCCUCAGGCAUGCCGCAGGCUGACCUGCCCUGCGCACAUCUGGGCAAGGAAAGGAUUUGUCAGUAUUAGAGGGCCAGAGGGUCCAAAGCUGAGCUGAGCAGCCCAGAGCCCCUGGGCCUCCCCAGCUGCCCUUGCAGGCAGGAUGGUGUCGGGAGCCGGAGGCUGAGCGCGAGCCCAGGACUGGAAGGGGCUGCGUGUACCCUGGACUGGAGGGGGGCAGGGGGCUGGCACCCCUGCCCCAGGAGCUGAGCUUGCCCACGGUUGGCCCUUGGGUCUUUCCCCACUGGGGGGCUCAGACUGAUGUGUCCUGCAGGUAGGGACACGGUGCUGGCCCUUGAGGCGGCACCCUGGGGGCUGUGUGUGGUCCCUUGGUGUGAACCAGAGCGUGGAUGUGCUGGAGAUGCCUGGCAGCUGUGCAGUGUGGGGCUGUAGGAAACGAUCCCCCUCCCCACCUUGCUGUGCCCAUUCCCCAACCUUCAUCCCACCUCACCCUGG